UCGCUAACUCUCACUACUGAUUGCUCACUAACUCUCACUAACUUAACAACGCCUCACCUACCUCAAUAAACCCCAAUGGGGAAAUUUUCAAUUUCAGUUUGUACCAUAAAAAAAUAAAAUAAAACGAUUCUAAUAUAAAACACUUAUCAAUACCAUUAAGCUGAUUGUAAGUCUACUAUAUCAACCAGUGCAGUCAUGACAAGUACCCAAUUGAUAUUAAUUGAUGAAGAGAUCAAUAGCAUCUCCAGCUUACUCAGAACAAUUCCCUUUAAUAGAAGUGCCACUUCUACUGACUACUUUUUGGGGUUAUACAAAUUGAAUUAUGAUCAGUUGAUAGGACUUAAUGAUCAUAAAUUCCCCAUUGACUCGAGUAAAUUAUUAAAGUUAGGCAUAUCUUUGGGUAAUUUGUUGAAAACCCUUCAGCAAGAUGAAGAAGUUGAAGGACAACAACAACAACAACAACAACAGGUGCAGCGGUCUGUUCCGCGAGUUGUUCAUCAACAACUCCAACAUGCUAUUCAAUCUACAAAUGUAGGAUCACCACCACCAUCUUCAGCAGCAGUACCAAGUACUCCUGAACGUAAAUCAGGUCCUAAACAAUUACCACCCACUCCUAAAUCUAAUAGUCAAAGUAGUCCAUUCUUAAGUGAUUUACCACCUACUCCUCCACCAAAACCUCAUAUUAUAACUUCAAAUAAUGCUGCUUCAGGUCAAUUAGAUUCAGAAUUUUAUAAUACUAGUAAUAAUCCUUUUAAUUAUAAUGGAAAUGGAAUUACUGCUUCUUACCCUAUUUAUCAAAUUAAAUUCAUCAAGAAUUUGUUAAGUAUACUAAAGAAUUUUGAUAUUGGUAAUGUCUCAGUCGAAGGAUUGGGUAUAAGUUCUCCUACAAAUGUUCAAAGAGUUGGUAGUAUAAGUUCUUCAAAUUCAAGUGUUUCAAGUCAAACUACUUUACCAUCUAAUGCUCAAGGUAAUGCUCUGAUAAAUGUUAGUCCAAUAAAAUUGAAUUCUCGACAAUUACUUAUUGAAAAAUUAGAAAUUAAUAUUAAUUUGGAUACUUUAUUUAUUUAUAAGAUUGUUUUCAAUUUAUUACUACAAAUAUUAAAUAAUAUCUAUGAAAAUAUUAUAAAGAUAAAUCCUCCACCUCAACCAUCAACUCCAUCUAAAGAAUUCUUAGGUAAUCCAUUACCUCCAAGACAAAUUAAGUUAGAUGAUGAUGAAACUUCAUCUAUCUUUUCAUCUAAUUCUGAUAAACGGAAUAGUAAUGGAGGUAUCCGUCAUUCAGCCAUAAGUAAUGGAUCAAAGAGAUUGAGUGGAAGUAGUCAUGAAACUCAUGAAAAACAACUUGAUUAUAACUCAAUAUUGAGCCAAUGUAUUCAAAGGAUUUCUUCAGGAAUUGUAGAUCCGUUUAAGAGAUUUGUAUUUGUUGAAUUGGUGGAGAGUAAUCUUCAACAAGAUUUCAAUCAAUUGUUAACCACUUUAGCUUAAGAUAUUUAUAUUUAUAUUUAUUUGUUAUUAGUAUUAUUAUUAUUAUUAUUAUUAUAU